UCCGGAUGGAUUUGCUCGCUUGCCCUCGGAGUGCCCGCUGCAGCCGCAGGGAUAGAACAGUACACAUUAUCUCUGGGCCGUGUUACGUUGCUGUACAGAUUGUCCGUCCGUCUCCUGUGGCUCCAUAUUAAAUUAUACAGGCAGCCUGUCGGUGCUUCCAGUGUCGCACACUAUACUGGCAGAGGAGCUGCGGCUUGGUGUGUAUCUCCCGGCCGGCCUUCACUGAAGAUCUGUAUAAUCUCCGAGCAGAUUGCUGUCCGUGGGCAAAGAUGCCAGUCACUUGGACGAUGUACAAUGGGUUGUGGUGCUCUGUGUUCUAAAGUGUCGGAUCUCCAAGAGGAAGGCAUCAAUGCAAUCAAUCUACCGCUUAAUCCCAUUCCUUUUGAGUUGGACCCGGAGGACACCAUGCUCGAGGAGAAUGAAGUGAGGACCAUGAUUGACCCCUUUUCCAGGAGCGACCCCAGAUUACAGGAGCUCAUGAAGGUUCUGAUUGACUGGAUAAAUGAUGUUCUAGUGGGAGAGAGAAUCAUAGUGAAGGACCUUGCGGAGGACCUGUACGACGGGCAGGUUCUGCAGAAACUUUUCGAGAAGCUGGAAGGGGAGAAGCUGAACGUCGCUGAAGUCACACAGUCGGAAAUUGCCCAGAAACAAAAACUGCAGACAGUGCUGGAAAAGAUCAACGAGACCCUGAAGCUGCCGCCUAGAAACAUCAAGUGGAACGUGGAUUCUGUUCACGCUAAAUCCGUGGUCGCCAUCCUCCAUCUCCUGGUCGCAUUAUCCCAGUAUUUCCGGGCUCCUAUUCGGCUUCCGGAUCAUGUCUCCAUACAGGUGGUUGUCGUGCAGAAACUGGAUGGAAUGCUGCAGUCCCGCCAGAUCCAGGAGGAAAUCACCGGUGACACAGAGGCGUUAUCAGGAAGACACGAGCGAGAUGCAUUCGAUACUCUCUUUGACCAUGCUCCUGAUAAACUCAAUGUGGUGAAAAAGACUUUGAUUACUUUUGUUAACAAACAUCUGAAUAAGCUGAACCUGGAGGUGACCGAGCUGGAGACUCAGUUUGCAGACGGCGUGUACCUGGUACUACUGAUGGGUCUGCUGGAAGGCUACUUUGUCCCCCUCUAUAAUUUCUUUCUGACUCCAGACAGCUUUGAGCAAAAGGUCCUCAACGUAUCCUUUUCCUUUGAACUCAUGCAAGAUGGCGGCCUGGAGAAACCGAAGCCAAGGCCGGAAGACAUCGUCAACUGUGACCUGAAGUCCACUCUGAGGGUCCUCUACAAUCUGUUCACCAAAUACCGCAGCGUGGAAUAAGGAGACGUCCUACCGGGAACAAUCAGAAUUACACGUCAAAAAGCAAUAGUGACAUUGGUUUCUGUUCCCAAUUUUUAUUUAACGCGGAGCUAAAAAGGGAACAUUUUAUAUUUUUUAUUAUUUUCUACUGUGCAAGAAAAACUCUUCUUGUACCGCUAGUUGUAAAAGGACCUAACAGGGAACCGGUUCAUGAUUGGGGAACAGGAUCGUCACCUUGUCGACCGGAGCUUUAGUUAUUUGUAUAAAUAGGAUGGUGGCAAUUAUAUUAACAUAUCUGCCGUUAAUCUUAUCACAGACGUUAUGUAAAGCGCGGACUCUGUGACGUAUCCGUUACUUGUCUUUGUGUCUUAGCGUUCCCGCUACUGCCAGUAGGUCACCACCUCUAACCUCAGUAAAAUUUUUACACGGUACCACUUUUAUGUGCUUAGGGUUCAGCCCCGUUUUGUGCCUCCGCUAACGCUUGCCCUCACUUUAAAGCUUGAGUAUACAUUAUAGGAAAGCCGUAAUAUAAAGAAGACUGUUCCACCCUUAAUAAUAGGUGCGCAACCACUAAGUACUUAUGCGCAAAUCAGAGAUUGCGGCUUGUGAUAGGUCAUCCCGCUCACGUAAACCUCUGCUGCCAUUGGCAGUUGGUGAACUUGAUGAGCCAAUCAGCGUUACAGAACCUGCAUGGCCCUGGGAAAGACGCCUGCAGCCACCUAUUACGAUGCAGCAUUAUAACAACUUACUAGGUGGUUGUGCAGCUUUGAAAUUCGGGGCAUUUCACAAAAGUGACAUUUUUACGGUGACAACCGUAGUCUUAUUUCCAAACUCAUGAAAUGACUAUUUAUUUUCUAAGAUGAUAAAUACCAGUUUUGUUUUAUGUUCAGAAAUUAACUAUGAAAAAUAGUUGGUGUCAGCAUUCCUCAGCUUUUAAAAAUCUCCCAUUAAAAGCAAUCUGUACCCGCGGCUCAGCAUCACCCUCCACCCAGCAACUGCCCCACUCUGCCUUAUCCUGCCCUCCACUCUGUCUGGCCCUAAUCCUCCACCGCCCCCACCCCCUGGCUCUGCCAUGGCCCCAUCCCUGCAACUUAAUUGUUUUAUUUUAUUUUUUUUAUUAUAAAACUUUUUUUUUUUUUUUUUUAAAUGUUUCCAAAAUUGUUGAUAUUGUUUUUUAUGAUUACAAUAUGUACAUAAUGGCUAUUUAGGGGUCCAUUCAAUUACUGUCUGAAUUCCCGACUUGUCGGACAAACGGCAGUUUAUUCAAGUCAAGCGGAAAACACGUGGAUCGGCGUAUUAGCCACGGAUCCAUGGAUUUUAUUGGAUUUGUGGGCAUUUGACAGGUUUUUGGCCUGUUUUUGACAAUGCCGAUUCGACUUUAAAAAAAGUCGGAUCGGCAUUGACGAAAACGGGCUAAACCUGUCAAACUCCCGCAAAUUGAAUAGUGAAUAGUGCAGUGUCUGAUUCGAUAUCAGUUGAAUACACCCCUUAAACUUUAUUGUGCCCGUUUAAAAAAAAAAAAAAAUUGCAUUGAAUCAGGUUUAGUAAGUUUUUACGGAAUUUGAUAAUUUAAACAAAGAAAAUCUAAUUUGACAAUUUGAGACAUUUUUGGAACAAAAAAAAUAAUUAGCCAGUAAAGUGAUUAAUGACUUAUUAACAAGGCAUUUCUGAAUUACACAAUUAGCAAAAACGGGGUUUUCUACAACUGCAGGAUAAUUUCCUGGUAUAAAACUCCAUUUACCAAACCGCGUUAUACGCUAAAUAUUUAUAGACGUGUAUUUUAUACUCGGCAGAAUAACAGAGCGUUCCUUCACGUGAAAGUGAAGCUUCGGUUGGACUGUAUUUAUUUAACACAUAAUUUUAUGGCUUUUGCUAAAUUGUACUAAUGAAUAACUAGCAGGGGCAUAUAAUUAGCUGCUGAGAGCAUUCGGAUGGGGCAGUGUAUAUAAGAAACCGGCUCUGCGUGGAAUUAAUCUGCCACGGAUACAUAAUGCACUUGCCAUUAUGUCAGGUAGUCUCUAAUCAGACUCUAUAAUAUCGUUCCUCACCCCUGCGAGGUCUUUGUGCAUUCAUAGUUACUCCUGUUCCCGUAUGAAAAGGUGCUAUAUUUACCCACAUUACAGGCGAGCGAUGCAGGAAUAUACUAUUUCAAUAAUAAUACAAUAUUUUACCUAUUGUGAUAAUUGCCAGGUAACCCUGCGAGCGGCAUCAGAUUGCCAACCGACACAUUCGCCGCAUUUCUUUGCAAGCCCUGCUUCAUUUUGACACUUGAUACUGAAAUUAUUUUUUAGAAGCUUACGUUCCAGCAUAUUUAUUUUUUCACGCUACUCCUUCAUAUAGGAAAUGAGACGUAAAACCAGCUGGCUCUAAGGGUAACGCACUCUUCCGCAUUGCUCGUGGUUACCGAGGGGCCACAUGACACAGUGUAACCAAUCUUGUAGAUUUCCUUAUAGAGUGUAAGCCUGCGUGCAGGGCCCUCUAACCUGUCCGUCUGUUAUUACCCAGUCUCGUCUAAUUACUGUUCAUAUUACCAGUCGUAAACUGCGAUGGAAUAUACUGGCGCUAUACAAGUCAUUUUAUUAUCAAUUUGUUUAAAGAGAUUCUCAGCUUUAAAAUACAUACAUUUGAAUUGCCCUACCUUCUCAUAGUACUUUUGUCGGCUCCCUCAAUUUGGACGUUGAUCAUUUCUUGCAAAGGGCAGGGUCUGGCACUUAAAUAUAACAGGGGUCGCUGCCACGUACCUUUGGCAUCACUGUAGCAGGUGGGGAUCCGACGCAACGGCCGUAAGUAACGAUGUAUGCGUCAACUCCUCAAAUUAGAAGCCGACAUGGUGCUAUUCAAUGGAAGGACAGCUGUGUAUAAUAUUUUAGAGCAAAGUACCGUUUUAAUAACAUCGGCUAAACAACAGUAACAUGAUGUAAUCCAUAUCGGCAAAUCAGAGAUCAGCUUUCGUUCAGACUUACAUUAUACAGUUUAUAGCGGACAUCCAAUUGGUUGCUGUUACUUAUUGGCAUCAUGUUAUUGAAUAAGCCCUUUGUUGUUAAAGGCUUACUUACCUUAUAUAGUCCGCGUAAUACAUUUGGGGGCAUUUUCCUGCACGGAUAGAGAGGAUAACAAUGUUGAGCUUACAAGUACACGUUUUUAUGAAGGUGCUCUAGAACCUUUUACAUUCCCUUCUCCAGGUUCCUAUCCCCUGAACAUCACCUAGCAGUGAUUUAUACCCCGAAUCACCAGUUUUUCUAAAGCAUAAUUUUGAAUUUAAACACUGAAGGUAACAGAAAUUCAGGCCGAAUUAUAAAGGUUUAUAAAGGGAAACGCAGCUAUAGUGAAUAUUAUAUAUUUUGGUUUAUGCGGACAUUGUACUGUUGCACGGCACACAAACACACCUGCUGAUUUGGAUACGAUUGACUAAAACACAAGUUAUUUUUGUAUUUUUAUUAUUGUUGCCAGAACAGUCAAGAAGCUUUUGUACUUUUAGCGGCAUCGUUUGCACAAAUUGCUAGAUGCUUUUAUUAUUCAUAGAUUGGUUAUAAGUAAACUGCAACUAAUUCACAGAGUUCUGCUGCCCAAAUGUAAGUGCACGCAUUGCCCCAAUGCAGCUGGAGGCAGCCAUUUCCUGAUCCAAUAUGGCAGCCAUUUCCUGAUCCAAUAUGGCAGCCAUUCCCUGAUCCAAUAUGGCAGCCAUUCUCUGAUCCAAUAUUCCUAAUACUGUAUCUAAUAACUGGAUUGGGAAUGUAACAAACUAAUGUAUAAGCAAAAUGGGUUGGGUAGAAUAUCCCGACACACAGGAUGCCGGCGCCGAGAAUACCAACGCCGGCAUCCCGAUGAUGAAGAUCCUGACUGGGGUAAAUUAUGGAUUCUAACUCACCCCUCUAACCCCCGCAGCCUAAUCCUAACGUCCCCUGUAUACUUACCUUCGGUAUCCCGGCUGUCAGGGUUCCAGCGUAGGUGUUCUGGUGGGAGUCGGGAUUCCAACGCCGGUAUUUCAGUUGCCGGGAUACCGACAGCCGGGAUAUUGAACUUAUCCCAAGAAAAGUAAGCGCAAAAAAAGUGAAAAAAUAAAUGCCUAAUAUAGUGGCUAGUUGCAGUAUUGGAUCAGAUAAAAAUGAAGAUGAUAAACAAAAUGUCUGUUAAAUGAUCGUUAAAAAAAUAAAAUAAUUGGAACUAUAGAACCGAAACCCCACUUGUAGAUAAUUUAAGUUGUCAUGAUCUCUGUUCCUGAUCUCACGUGAGGUGGAAUAGAGUAUUGAGGUAAAGCUUCUUGUUUGUUUUAUUUUAAAAACUAGGUAUAGCUCAACUUCCUGUGGCUUGCCUUUUAGGACCAAUCUAGACAGGAAGUGACCAAUAUUUUGACAAAAUGGCCACCGUCAGAAAAAAGGGCCAACCCUGCAGUGUUGAGAUACUGCCAUAAAGUACUGAAGUAUUUUUGUAUUGUGCUGGGAUCUGCUUCCUGCAUAUCUAUUUUUAUGUUGCUGUUCGUAUUAUGAAGAAAGUAUAAAAAUUAUAUUUCUACCUUUAUGUAUCACAUAAUAUGGUUUUUUUUUCACUCAAAAUAAAAAGCUUUAUUCAUU